AUGGGGAAAAAGAAACUGGGUAAUACUGCAGUAAAUGUGUCAAUCCAACCAGAGAACCACAAUGUAAAGAAAUACUCACUUCUAAACAUUUGGAUAGUUUCAUUGGCACUAAAAGUUUUACUUUUCGAGGGCUAUCAUUCCACUGAUUUCGAUGUUCACAGAAAUUGGUUAGCAAUAACUAACAAUCUCCCAAUCUCCCAAUGGUAUAUUGAAAACACAUCUCAAUGGACUUUAGAUUAUCCUCCUUUUUUUGCAUACUUUGAAUAUAUUUUGUCGUUAUUUGUUCCACAAUUUGUUAGAGAUGAUGGAUGUUUAGAUAUUGUAGAAAAGGGUAUCUACGGCAUGCCUACUAUUUAUUUUCAAAGAAUUACGGUUAUUCUUAGUGAAUUGGUAUUGUUUUAUGCUUUGCAAUGGAUGAUUGAUUCAUCCCCUACAUAUGCCAUCCGAAGAAGAAUGUAUGUUGCAACUGCUUCACUAGCAUUGUCACCAGGGUUAAUCCUCAUUGAUCAUAUACACUUUCAAUACAAUGGUAUGAUGUAUGGUAUUUUAUUGCUAUGCAUCAAUAGUGCUAGAUUAGAGAGAUAUUUAUUAUGUGGAUUCUGGUUUGCAGUGUUGUUGUGUUUCAAGCACAUUUAUUUAUACUUGGCACCUGCAGUUUUUGUCUUUCUUCUAAGAGCUUAUUGUUUGAAGUUCAAUUGGAAUAAAAAGAAGAACUUCAUAGUCAACAUUUUUAAUUUUGUUCAAUGGACAAAUCUUUUUAAGUUAGGUAGCAUUGUCAUUAUAGUGUUCUUAAUUGCAUUUGCACCUUUCUACAAUGUUCUCCCACAGUUAAUUUCCAGAUUAUUCCCAUUCAGUCGUGGCUUGACCCAUGCAUAUUGGGCACCUAAUGUAUGGGCGAUUUAUUCAUUUAUUGAUAGAAUGUUAAUUCAAGUUUAUAAAAAAAUUCCUAUGACAAAAUAUCCUUUGCAAAAAGUCUUUAAGUUUGAUGCAAGUUUGUUAGCCAAUGAUGAAUUAUUACGUACUUCUACAAGAGGAAUAGUUGGUGAUAUUGAGUUCUUUAUACUUCCUACAAUCACUCCAAACCUUACAUUUUUAUUAACUUUAUUCUAUCAGAUCAUGGCUCUAAUACCAUUAUUCAUUCAACCAACUUACAGAAGGUUCGUAGGAGCACUCACAUUGUGUGGUUAUGCAUCAUUCUUAUUUGGAUGGCAUGUUCAUGAAAAGGCAAUUUUAUUAGUUAUUUUUCCAAUGACAUUAAUAGCUGGGCGUGAUAGACGAUUGUUAACGCCAUUCAAUUUGUUGGUGUGCUGUGGAUAUGGAUCAUUGUUCCCGUUGAUAUUCACGAGUAACGAAUGGUUGGUGAAAGUAGCGUACUCAUUCACAUGGUACUUUAUCUUCUACUUUGUAUUCCGUAAGGUGACGAGGUUGCCAAAGACAGUUGAAACCAGCAGGUAUGUGUUGGGACGCAUGGCGGACUGGUACGUCUUGUUGUUUAUUCUGGUUGUCGUUGUGACAACAGUCAUUGACAUGUUCAAGUCCAAGUAUGUGAUUUUGCAAAACUUUGAGUUUUUGAACUUGAUGGUCUACAGUGUGUACUGUGGUGUCGGUAUUAUCGGUAGCUGGAACGGGUUCUGUUGGUUGUAUUUUGUUGACGACUCUAUUUGGAGUGAGCAGGACGCCGAAACGUAG